UUUCAGGACCAGCAGAAUCUUCGUAAUACUUCACCUUUCAUCUCUUGCUCCUCCACUCACACACAUAGCAAUCAAUAAAUAAAAAUGGCAACUGCGGCUGCAACUGCAGCAUGCUCACUUCAUCAAAGAGCAAUAGCACCGCCAAUCCACCUCCUCCCACAGCACCACAGCACAAGGCCGGCGACGCUCACCAGAAAAGCGGCGAGAAUUACAACGAAAUGCAACCGUAGUUUGGGAGACUUCAUCGGAGGAGACCUGCUGAAACUGGACCUGGGGCAGUGGCUGGCCGACGUGGAGGAGCACAAGGCCUUAGCCAUCUACUCCCCGCACGAGGGAGGCUACGAGGGCCGCUACCUCAUCCGCCUCGCCCACCAAGGCUACCAUUUCCUCGACCUCUCCGCCCGCGGCCUCGGUGACCCCGAGACCACCCUCACCAAGUUCCACCCCGUCUGCCCACCUCAUAUUGGGAAGCAGCCGAUAGCGCGGUGGUACUUCCCUCCGGAGGUUGAUUACAGGCUAUCUUUGCUUCCCCCGGAUGCAAAGGGGCUCGUAGUAUGGAUCAUCGAAGCUAAGGUGCUGUCCAAGGCAGAGCUGCAGUUUCUGGCCCUGCUUCCGACACUGCGGCCUCGAGUCAGGGUGCUCGCUGAAUGCGGCAACUGGAGAAAAUUUGUGUGGACGCCGUUGAAGGAUAUCGCGGGAUUACCUGCUACAGGGGACAAGGUUUCUUCUACUCAGUGACAAAUUUUGACUGCCAUGUUGUAAACAAAAACAGAGGGUAUAUAUAAUUCAUGCAAGGAUGAAACUCAAUGUUAAUACGUUUACAUAUUCAUUUUA